AUGCAAAAUAUUAAUCUUAAUCUUGAUUAUCUUCAAGAAGAAAAAGUCAAGGUUAUGGCUCAUCCACCAUAUUCACCUGACCUUGCUUCUUCAGGCUUUUGGUUGUUCAAUCGUCUGAAACGUAGUCUUGAUACAUAUCCAGUUUCAACAAAAAUUCAACAAUCGUUUAAACCAAAUCGUCUUAUUCUUCAUCGUGCUACACCAGACGCAACUGGUACUUAUCGAUUAACUGUAAGCAAUCCACAUGGUCAAGAUCGACAAGAAUUGAAAAUUGAGGUUAAACUAACACGUGGUGGUCGUAAUCGUGGUCAACAAGUAGGUGCACCACCAAUCAAUCUUAAACAAGAAUACUAUGAAAUUGGCAAUGGUGAAAGCAUUAAUAUUACACCAAAUAUUUAUAAAGUUCAUGGAGGAAAUUUAACAUGGUCAAAAGACGGUUCAGCCACUUUACCUGAUGGUGUAACGGCACACGGUAAUGGAACAUUGUACAUCCAAGGCCGAUCAGAUAAUGUUGCAGGACAAUAUACUCUUAAUGCAGUUAAUCAGUAUGGUCGAACACCAAAAUCUAUUCAUGUCCGAUGGAAAGGAACAAAUUAG